ACCAUGGGUCCCAAGAAUGUUAUCAAGCAUAGCAGGAAGAAGGAGCGGAGCCCCAUUCGGUUUCGUUUUUUAAAAGCAGUCGGUGCCAAGGGGAAUCAUAAAUUAAGGGAUGGCGGGAUCAGGAGUAGCACUGCGGCUUCAUGAGUUUAAGGAAGAAAGUGUUACUGAUCAGCGACACAGAGCAGUCUUGCGUCCAGGCAGAGACGUGAGAGGAAUGUAUCCUGGACAGCUAGCCAGAGCUCACACUAUUCCCUCACCAUGGCAGCGGAUGAACCUGACGUGUCCAGCAGACGAAGAACAAACCUACCAGCGAAGUUUUGACCUUCUCAUGCUACAGGCCUUAAAGCUGAAAGCAACACAUACACCUCAUACACACCCGACAUCUCACACUGUGUACCAGCAAGAGUUUGGCCGCCAGGCUCACCUCUAUCCUCCUGAUGACACCAAGAUGACCCUGAUUUCCCAUCCUGCUCCUCUGCAACAGAGCUAUCAUUUCACACCUCACCAAAACCUCAAGUUGUAA